AGGAGUUCCUCAGCUACCCUGCUGAAACACUUUGCUCUUCACUCACCAUCCAUCCACCAGACUCUCAGGAACCAGGGCGCUCACCAUGGAGAACGUGGCAGUAUUUGACUCACCUGGGAAGGGGAGGGGUUUGAAGGCGACCAAGGAGUUCUGGGCUGGAGAUGUCAUUUUCUCAGAGGCCAGUAUUUCAGCAGUUGUGUUUGACAGUCUAACAGAACGCAUUUGCCACAGCUGCUUCCGCAGACAAGAUAAACUCCAGAGGUGCGGCCAGUGCAAAUUUGCUCAUUAUUGUGACCGUACCUGCCAGCGUGCUGGCUGGGCUGAACACAAGCAAGAAUGCAGCGCCAUCAAAGCUUAUGGCAGUGUACCAAAUGAGAACAUCCGACUGGUGGCUCGCAUCAUGUGGCGAGUAGACAAGGACGGCAGCUUGUUGUCGGACACGCAGCUGACCACGCUGGAGGAGCUGGAAGACCACAUCACUGACAUGCAGGAGGACGAGCUGAAAGAGUUCAAAGUGGACAUCCACAACUUCCUGGACUACUGGCCCCGUACCAGCAAGCAGCACACAAUCGACGACAUCUCACAUGUGUUUGGAGUGAUCAACUGCAACGGCUUCACUGUGAGCGACCAGAGGGGCCUCCAGGCGGUGGGAGUUGGUCUUUUUCCAAAUCUGUGCCUGGUGAACCACGACUGCUGGCCCAACUGCACAGUAAUCCUCAACCACGGCAAGAUUGAGCUGCGUUCUUUAGGUAAGAUCGCAGAAGGAGAGGAGCUGACGGUGUCCUACGUGGACUACAUGAAUCUGUCGGAGGAACGACAACGGCUGCUGAAAACGCAAUACUUCUUCGACUGCACAUGCGAGCACUGCAAGAACCGGAUCAAAGAUGACAUAAAGUUGGGGGGAAUGGAAGUGGACGGAGUUAAGCCUUCAGAGGAACAGGUAAAAGAGGCAACGGAUUACUGCUUUCAAAUGCUGGAGAAGAUGGACCAGGCUCGAUUAAAAGGCGACUACCACGAGGUGGUAAAAAUCUGCAGAAACGCCAUUGAGAAGACGGAGCCAGUUUUGGCGGACACUCACAUCUACCUGCUGAGGAUGUGGAGCACAAUGAGUGAGGUUCAAGCUUACCUGCAGUACUUUGAUGAGGCUGCAGAAUAUGCCCGCAAAAUGGUGGACGGAUACAUGAAGCUGUACCACUCAAACAACGCUGCUCUCGGUAUGGCUGCCAUGCGAGCAGGAGUGACCCACUGGCAGGCCGGGCAGAUAGAGGUCGGACACGGUAUGAUCUGUAAGGCCUACGCCAUCCUCAUGGUCACCCACGGUCCAACACAUCCCAUCACCAAAGACCUGGAGGCGAUGCGAAUGCAGACAGAGAUGGAACUGAGGAUGUUUAAACAGAACGAGUACGUUUACCACAGUAUGAGAGAGGCAGCCCUGAAGAACAAACCGAUGACCAUGAUGCAUGAACCAAAAUCUAUGGAGGAGGGAAUCAAGAACCUCUUCCACCGGAGGAAAUAAUCAUGAGAAGAAUCAUCCUAUUGUUUACUGCCAACAGCUUUAAGUGUUUGUGUGAGAAUCUACACAUUUAGUCACAUUUUCUGUAUCACUUGCAUUUUGUAGUUACUGUUUUCAUUAAAAUAUUGUCUCGCAAAACGUGUACUUCUCUCUUGCAUUAUGAAUUUCUGUAUCUUAAAAACAAAUGGUAUCUGUUGCAUUACUGCUUGUUGCACUUGGUAUUAGAUGCUAACCUGGCAAUAGCCAGAUUAAUAAUUGUGUAGUACUUGAUAGUACUCCACAAUAUCAAUCUGGGACCGCUCCAUGUAAAUCCGUUCGGAGGAAAGAGGCACGGAUUGGACAAUGCAACACUAUGUCCCGCCUCUGACAGGUUUGUUUUUAGCCAAUCGCGGGAUCUUCACAACGAGCGGAGCCAAUUGGUAGAUUAAACUCUUACCAAAACCCGUAGGUAAAAAAACACACAAAUCUUUACCAUCCAGAAAUGCGCAAAGCGCCUCUCGUUCUUCCUUCAAAGAAGCGAUAGGAGAUUCAGCUAAAACUGACUUAAUAGCAGCAUCUACACGAUCGUUGUCCUCCGUUGCCAUGUUUGUUUUGAUCUACUGGCGCUUGGUGUCGUCUUCACACCCGGAUAUCCCGCCCCACACACGAAUACUGCUGCGUGAUUGGCCCGUGCCAUCUUGGCUCUGUACGAACAGUGAAUGCGGGAGCAGAGCAAGAUGGUUUCUUGAGAGAUUUGUGAACUCACAAAUAUCGCGAGAAAUCAACUUGCUGGCAAGGUUAAUUAGAUGCAGCAGGCUUAGACAGGUGCAGUUUAACCCAAAUAUCAGUCUGGAGCUUACACAUUGUGCCAGAAUAGGUAAUGCAUUCGAAGUAUUACACUUGAACCCAAAGGAUGGUAAAGUUGGAAAUCCUGUUACCCAACCAAGACUCCUUAAAUGGUCACAUGAAAUCAGACAUACAGUGAUACUUCAGCAAAGCAGGAAUACUUUAUUGAUCUCGGAAGGGAAAUUCAGUUGUUACAGCAGUCAAUAUAUGAACGUCCUAGUCUUUACUGUAAGCUGUACAGGGGUGUAGUGCCAACUAAAAGACCUCUUGUUUUAGGAUCAACCCUUUGAUACAAAUGGCUAGUGUCAGCUUGGACUCUUCAGUUUGUAGCCAGUUGAGGUAAUGGUCACAUCAGUAGAUUUCAGACAAACACCCCCUUACUGGGUUCACACAUUAGCGCUUGAAUCAAACUUGUAGUCACACCAGACAGUCCAAGAAUAGCACAUGCUCAAAGGAAUUUGUUAAA